AUGGAAGAGGUGGUGAUCGCUGGCAUGUCCGGGAAGCUGCCCGAGUCGGAGAACCUGGAGGAGUUCUGGGCCAAUCUCAUCGGCGGCGUGGACAUGGUGACAGAUGAUGACAGGCGGUGGAAGGCGGGACUAUAUGGCCUGCCUCGGCGGUCAGGCAAGCUGAAGGACCUGUCCCGGUUUGAUGCCUCCUUCUUCGGGGUCCACCCCAAGCAGGCACACAAUAUGGACCCCCAGCUCCGCAUGCUGCUGGAGGUCACCUACGAGGCCAUUGUGGAUGCAGGCAUCAACCCAGCUUCCAUUCGGGGGACAAACACCGGUAUCUGGGUGGGUGUGAGUGGCUCUGAGGCUUCAGAGGCUCUAAGCCGAGACCCUGAGACCCUCGUGGGCUACAGCAUGGUGGGCUGCCAGCGUGCCAUGAUGGCCAACCGCCUCUCCUUCUUCUUUGACUUCAAAGGGCCCAGCAUUACCCUGGACACAGCCUGCUCCUCCAGCCUGAUGGCCCUGCAGAGGGCCUACCAGGCCAUCCAGAGAGGGGAGUGCACCAUGGCCAUUGUGGGCGGCAUGAACAUCCUGCUGAAGCCCAACACCUCAGUGCAGUUCAUGAAGCUGGGCAUGCUCAGCCCCGAGGGCGCCUGCAAGUCCUUCGAUGCAUCAGGGAAUGGCUACUGCCGUGCAGAGGCUGUGAUGGCCGUCUUUCUGACCAAGAAGUCCCUGGCCCGACGGGUGUACGCCACCAUCCUCAAUGCUGGCACCAACACGGACGGCUGCAAAGAGCAAGGCGUCACCUACCCCUCCGGAGAGGCACAGGAGCAGCUCAUCAGCUCCCUGUACAAGCCGGCCGGGCUGGACCCGGAGUCCCUGGAGUAUAUCGAAGCCCAUGGCACCGGUACCAAGGUGGGCGACCCCCAGGAAUUGAAUGGCAUUGUGCAAGCCUUGUGUGGCACCCGCAAGGGCCCCCUCCUGAUUGGGUCCACCAAGUCGAACAUGGGACACCCAGAGCCUGCCUCGGGGCUCGCGGCGCUGGCCAAGGUGCUGCUGUCCCUGGAGCACGGGCUCUGGGCCCCCAACCUGCACUUCCACAGCCCAAACCCCGAGAUCCCAGCACUGCAGGAUGGGCGGCUGCAGGUGGUGGACCGGCCCCUGCCCGUCCUCGGGGGCAACGUGGGCAUCAACUCCUUUGGCUUCGGUGGCUCCAACGUGCACGUCAUCCUCCAGCCCAACUCCCAGCCACCGCCACCGCCUGCCCCGCAUGCCGCCCUGCCCCGUCUGCUGCGGGCCAGUGGGCGCACCCUGGAGGGUGUGCAGGGUCUGCUGGAGCUAGGCCUCCAGCACAGCCAGAACCUGGCCUUCGUGAGCAUGCUCAAUGACAUCGCGGCCCCCUCCCCAGCAACCAUGCCCUUCCACGGCUACGCCGUGCUGGGCAGCCAGGGGGGCAGCCAGGAGGUGCAGCAGGUGCCGGCCAGCAAGCGCCCGCUCUGGUUCAUCUGCUCCGGAAUGGGCACACAGUGGCGUGGGAUGGGGCUGAGCCUCAUGCGUCUGAGCAGCUUCCGCGCCUCCAUCCUGCGCUCGGAUGAGGCUGUGAAGCCUUUGGGACUGCAGGUGUCACAGCUGUUGCUGAGCACAGACGAGACCACCUUUGACGACAUCGUCGUCUCCUUUGUGAGCCUCACUGCCAUCCAGAUUGCCCUCAUAGACCUGCUGACUUCCAUGGGUCUUCAGCCCGACGGCAUCAUCGGGCACUCCCUGGGUGAGGUGGCCUGUGGAUAUGCCGACGGCUGCAUCUCCCAGAAGGAGGCCGUCCUCGCUGCCUACUGGAGGGGCCAGUGCAUCAAGGAGGCCAACAUCCCGCCCGGGGCCAUGGCAGCUGUAGGCUUGACCUGGGAAGAGUGUAAGCAGCGCUGCCCCCCUGGCAUCGUGCCUGCCUGCCACAACUCCAUUGACACCGUCACCAUCUCAGGACCUCAGGCUGCCAUGUUGGAGUUCGUGCAACAGCUGAAGCAGGAGGGUGUGUUCGCCAAGGAGGUGCGGACGGGCGGCAUGGCAUUCCACUCCUACUUCAUGGACGCUAUCGCCCCCACGCUGCUUCAGCAGCUCAAGAAGGUGAUCCGGGACCCCCAGCCACGUUCCUCACGCUGGCUCAGCACUUCCAUCCCCAAGACCCAGUGGCAGGAGAGCCUGGCCCGCACCUUCUCAGCUGAGUACAACGUGAACAACCUGGUGAGCCCCGUGCUGUUCCAGGAGGCGCUGUGGCACGUGCCCGAGAAUGCUGUGGUGCUGGAGAUCGCACCCCACGCCCUGCUGCAGGCCGUCCUGAAGAGAGGACUCAAGACCAGCUGCACCAUCAUCCCACUGAUGAAGAAGGACCACAAGGACAACCUGGAGUUCUUCCUCAGCAACAUAGGCCGGCUCUACCUGACCGGCAUCGACGUCAACCCCAACGGACUAUUCCCACCUGUGGAGUUCCCGGCUCCCCGGGGCACCCCCCUCAUCUCCCCCCACAUCAAGUGGGACCACAGCCAGACCUGGGAUGUGCCCACUGCAGAGGACUUCCCCAACGGCUCCAGCAGCUCCUCUGCCACCGUCUAUAAGAUCGACAUCAACCCCGAGUCUCCUGACCACUACCUGGUGGAUCACUGCAUCGACGGUCGCGUCAUCUUCCCGGCCACCGGCUACCUGUGCCUGGUCUGGAAGACACUGGCCCGAGCCUUGGACCAGAACAUGGAGCACACGCCUAUAGUAUUUGAGAAUGUGACGCUGCACCAGGCCACCAUCCUGCCGAAGACAGGGACUGCACUCCUGGAAGUGCGGCUUCUGGAAGCCUCCUGCACCUUCGAAGUGUCUGAGAAUGGCAACCUGAUCGUAAGCGGGAAGGUAUACCAGUGGGAAGAUCCCGACCCCAAGCUCUUUGACAACCGGUAUGGCAUGGACCCUGCGACCCCUACGGACCCCACAGACCCCACGACUGCCAUCCACCUGAGCCGUCGUGACGUGUAUAAGGAGCUACAGCUGCGGGGCUACAACUAUGGCCCCUACUUCCAGGGUGUCCUCGAGACCAGCUCCGAAGGCAACACGGGCCAGCUGCUCUGGAAGGACAACUGGGUGACCUUCAUGGACACCAUGCUGCAGAUGUCCAUCCUGGCCCCGGGCCAACGCAACCUACGCCUGCCCACACGCAUCACCGCAAUCUACAUCCACCCGGCCACCCACCAGCAGAAGCUGUACACGCUGCAGGACGGGACACAAGUGGCCGACGUGGUAGUGAACAGGUGUCUUGACACCACGGUGGCCGGCGGUGUCUACAUCUCGAGGGUCCACACCUCGGUGGCCCCCCGGCGUCAGCAGGACCAGCCGAUGCCCAUCCUGGAGAAGUUCUGCUUCACACCAUACAUGGAGAGCGGGUGCCUGGCUGGGGACCUGGCCCUGCAGGAGGAGCUGCAGCUGUGUGCGGGGCUGACACAGGCACUUCAGACCAAGGUGGCCCAGCAGGGGAUAAAGAUGGUGAUUCCCGGGCUCGACGGUGCCCAGGCUCCCCAGGACGCCCCACAGCAGGGCCUGCCUCGGCUGCUGGCCACCGCCUGCCAGCUGCAACUCAACGGGAACCUGCAGAUGGAGAUGGACCAGAUCCUAGCCCAGGAGAGAGCCCUGCUGUGUGACGACCCCCUGCUCAGUGGGCUCCUCAACUCCUCAGCACUCAAGGCGUGCGUGGACACUGCCCUGGAGAACAUGACCAGCCUCAAGAUGAAAGUGGUGGAGGUGCUAGCUGGUGACGGCCAACUGUAUUCCCGCAUCCCUGCGCUGCUCAACCUCCAGCCCUUGUUGCAGCUGGACUACACAGCCACUGACCGCCACCCCCAGGCCCUGGAGGCUGCCCAGGCCAAGUUGCAGCAGCUCAACAUAACCCAGGGCCAGUGGGACCCCUCAGACCCGGCCCCCAGCAACCUGGGUGGGGCCAACCUCGUGGUGUGCAACUGUGCCCUGGCCAGCCUCGGUGACCCGGCCACGGCUGUCGGCAACAUGGUGGCUGCCCUCAAGGAGGGAGGCUUCCUGUUGCUGCACACGCUGCUCAGAGGACACCCCUUGGGAGAGACUGUCGCCUUCCUCACCUGCCCCGAGCCACAGCAAGGCCAACAGCACCUCCUGAGCCAGAAUGAGUGGGAGAGCCUGUUUGCCGGAGCGUCCCUGCACCUGGUGGCCCUGAAGAAGUCCUUCUACGGCUCGGUGCUCUUCCUGUGCCGCCGGCUGGCCCCGCCUGACAGCCCAGUCUUCCUGCCCGUGGAGGACACCAGCUUCCAGUGGGUUGACUCCCUGAAGAACAUCCUGGUCGAUUCCUCCUCCCAGCCCGUAUGGCUUAUGGCCGUUGGCUGCACCACCUCAGGGGUCGUGGGCUUGGUGAACUGUCUCCGGAGAGAGCCUGGCGGGCACCGGAUUCGGUGCGUCCUGGUGUCCAACCUCAACAGCACGUCCCCCAUCCCUGAGACAGACCCAAAGUCCUUGGAGCUGCAGAAGGUGCUCCAGAGUGACCUGGUGAUGAACGUCUACCGUGACGGGGCCUGGGGAGCGUUCCGCCACUUCCCACUGGAACAAGACAAGCCCGAGGAGCAGACAGAGCACGCCUUCAUAAAUGUCCUCACCCGAGGGGACCUGUCUUCCAUCCGCUGGGUCUGCUCCCCUCUGCGCCACACCCAGUCCACGGGCCCUGGCGUCCAGCUCUGCACCAUCUAUUAUGCCUCCCUCAACUUCCGCGACAUCAUGCUGGCCACGGGCAAGCUGUCCCCUGACGCUAUCCCAGGAAAUUGGGCCUCUCGGGACUGCAUGCUAGGCAUGGAGUUUUCUGGCCGAGAUGCCGGCGGGAAGCGCGUGAUGGGGCUGGUACCCGCCGAAGGCCUGGCCACCUCCACUCUGGUGCCUCAGAGCUUCCUGUGGGAUGUACCUUCCAACUGGACCCUGGAGGAGGCCGCCUCGGUGCCCGUUGUCUACAGCACAGCCUACUACGCGCUGAUAGUCCGAGGACACAUGCAGCCAGGGGAGACAGUGCUAAUUCACUCAGGCUCCGGUGGCGUAGGCCAGGCUGCCAUCGCCAUUGCCCUCAGCCUGGGCUGCCGCGUCUUCACCACUGUGGGGUCAGCCGAAAAGCGGGCAUACCUCCAGUCCAGGUUCCCCCAGCUCAACGAAACCAGCUUUGCCAACUCCCGGGACACAUCCUUCGAGCAGCAUGUCCUGUGGCACACAGCCGGGAAGGGUGUUGACCUGGUCCUCAACUCCCUGGCGGAAGAGAAGCUGCAGGCCAGUGUGCGGUGCCUGGCCCAGCAUGGUCGAUUCCUGGAAAUUGGCAAAUUUGACCUUUCCAACAACCACCCCCUGGGCAUGGCCAUCUUCCUGAAGAACGUGACUUUCCAUGGGGUCCUGCUGGAUGCACUCUUUGAAGAAAACAGCACCAUGUGGCAGAAAGUGUCGAUGCUGCUGAAGGCAGGCAUCCGGGAGGGUGUAGUACAGCCCCUCAAGCGCACAGUGUUCCCCAGGACCCAGGUGGAGGAUGCCUUCCGCUACAUGGCCCAGGGCAAACACAUCGGCAAAGUGGUCAUUCAGGUACGUGAGGAAGAGCAGAAGGCAAUGCUGCACGGGGCCAAACCCACCCAGAUGGCGGCCUUGUGCAAGACCUUCUACCCAGCCCACAAGAGCUACAUCAUCACUGGGGGCCUGGGUGGCUUUGGCCUAGAGCUGGGCCACUGGCUCGUGGAGCGAGGGGCCCAGAAGCUGGUGCUGACCUCCCGCUCUGGGAUCCGCACAGGCUACCAAGCCAGGCAGGUCCGUGAGUGGAGACGCCAGGGGGUGCAGGUCCUAGUGUCCACCAGCGAUGUCAGCUCACUGGAUGGCACCCGGAGCCUUAUCACUGAGGCCGCCCAGCUUGGGCCCGUAGGAGGCAUCUUCAACCUGGCUGUGGUCCUGAGAGAUGCCAUGCUGGAGAACCAGACCCCUGAGUUCUUCCAGGACGUCAACAAGCCCAAGUACAGUGGCACCCUGAACUUGGACAGGGUGACCCGGGAGGCAUGCCCAGAGUUGGACUACUUCGUCGUCUUCUCCUCGGUGAGCUGCGGGCGUGGCAACGCCGGCCAGACCAACUACGGGUUCGCCAACUCCACCAUGGAGCGCAUAUGUGAGAAGCGUCGGCACAAUGGCCUCCCAGGCCUGGCCGUGCAGUGGGGCGCAAUUGCUGAUGUGGGCCUCAUCGUGGAGUUGAAGGGCACUAACGAGAUGGUCAUCGGCGGGACACUGCCCCAGCACAUCGCCUCCUGCCUGGAGGUGCUAGACCUCUUCCUGAACCAGCCCCACCCCGUCCUGAGCAGCUUUGUGUUGGCGGAGAAGGCCAAAUCCCAUGGCGACGGCGGCAGCCAGCAGGACCUGGUGAAGGCUGUGGCUCACAUCCUGGGCAUCCAUGACUUGGCCACCGUCAACCCGGACAGCUCGCUUUCAGACCUUGGCCUCGACUCACUCAUGGGUGUGGAGGUGCGCCAGAUGCUGGAGCGUGAGCACAACCUGGCGCUGUCCAUGCGGGAAAUCCGGCAGCUCACAAUCCGCAAGCUGCAGGAGAUUUCCGCGCAGGCUGGCACAGCUGAUGAGCUGACGGACUCCACACCCAAAUUGGGGAGCCCUGCCCAGCCGCAGACCCAGCUGAACCUGAGCACCCUGCUGGUGAACCCUGAGGGCCCGACCUUGACACGGCUCAACUCAGUGCAGAGCUCCGAGCGGCCCCUGUUCCUGGUGCACCCCAUUGAGGGCUCCACCACCGUGUUCCACAGCCUGGCCGCCAAGCUCAGCAUCCCCACCUACGGCCUGCAGUGUACAGGAGCGGCACCCCUGGACAGCAUCCAGAGCCUGGCCACCUACUACAUCGAGUGCAUCAGGCAGGUGCAGCCAGAGGGACCCUACCGCAUCGCUGGCUACUCCUACGGGGCCUGCGUGGCUUUCGAGAUGUGCUCACAGCUGCAGGCCCAGCAGAGCAGUGGCCCCACGAACAACAGCCUCUUCCUGUUUGACGGCUCCCACACCUUCGUGAUGGCCUACACUCAGAGCUACCGGGCCAAGAUGAACCCUGGCUGCGAGGCGGAGGCGGAGGCUGAGGCCAUGUGCUUCUUCAUGCAGCAGUUCACGGAGGCGGAGCACAGCAGGGUGCUGGAGGCCCUUCUGCCCCUCGGGGAUCUGGAGGCGCGUGUGGCGGCCACCGUCGAGCUGAUCGCGCAGAGCCAUGCGAGCCUGGACCGGCACGCGCUCAGCUUUGCUGCGCGCUCCUUCUACCACAAGCUGCGCGCCGCCGAGCAGUACACGCCACAGGCCACCUACCACGGCAACGUGACUCUGCUACGCGCCAAGAUGGGCGGCACCUAUGGGAACGGCCUGGGCGCCGACUACAAUCUGUCCCAGGUGUGCGACGGCAAGGUGUCAGUGCACGUCAUCGAGGGCGACCACCGCACGCUGCUGGAAGGCAGCGGCUUGGAGUCCAUCCUUAGCAUUAUUCACAGCUCCCUGGCCGAGCCACGUGUCAGCGUGCGGGAGGGCUAG